CGUCCAUUCCGAACUUCGAUCCGGCGUACCAACAGCUCCCUGCCUUCAUGCAGAUUUUCCACGAAGUUCGGUUCAAGGAUGACAUGAGGUUCCCUGACGAAUUUGUCAGCCUACACGGCCAUGACCUUCCAUUCGACUGCAGGCUGGUCUGGCCGAAUGGAAGACGACAUAUGGUGCGAAUACUGAAGCUUGGCCAUGGGUUUUACUUCUCAACCGGAUGGAGAGAGUUUGUUCGUGCUACCGGCAUCGUGCACGGCGAUCAUCUCACCUUCACGUUGGUGGAUGUAGGGAUUUUCAAUGUGAAGCGGUUUGAUAUCGCCACACAUUGUCCCCCGCAGGGAGAUGUUGACGUUGGUGAAGACGACGAAGCGGAAGGUAGUCACGCUCUGGGAUGGAUACGUCCGAAGAUUACGUGCCAUAGGAUACUGCUUCUGAAUCCAGUAUGGAUGAGGACUACGUUGACGUUAGCAGGGCCCUCAAUAUCGACGGCUACCCAACAUUCGAGUUUACUCUCACCCCGACGAACAUGAAUCAGAGACUUGAGAUCCCAUAUGGCUUUUGGCAACGUCAUAUCCCGAUGGGGCAAUACAAGCGGGCAUGUAUCUCGUGACAGAAUGUGGUAUGUGGUUCUGUACACUAAAAAACAACUCGAGGAAGAUAUGGGUGAAGCGUGGAUGGGCUCGGUUCAAGCACGAGCACAAUCUGGUUGAGGGGGUGCGAUGCACUUUCAAGCUCAUUGAUGCCUUUGUUGUACAAUUUCAAGUGCUGUUUGAACGUCCUUGAGGUCAAUUGAGCCUCAACCGGUGUGACCAUGUUGUGGUAGUAAGCUCGCUUUAAUCGUAGUUUAGGCUGCAGUGAAUGUAGCAGACGCUCAGUUGAAAUCCAUCAAAUUUUCUUCUCCGUUGCUAUA